AUGAGUUCAAGUUUAUCAAAGUUAAUACAAUUCGAAAUAAUAAAUAAGAUAUUAAAUAAUAAUAGCGAUUGUUAUCAUAAUAAUAAAUCAUUUCAAACAUUUCCAUCGUUAUACCCAACCUUGAAAGAAUGUAUGUACGAUUACUCUAUAAAUCAAGAGGAAUUCUAUAGUUUAAAGAAUUUCAAACAGUUGAACUAUAAUCCGGCGAUAAUAAAAGAAUAUUCAUUGGUUUCAAAGGAUUGGUUUAAUUAUAUUACAAGUAGAACCGAUCGAUUGUAUACAAAGAAACCAAUAGAUCUCUCAUUUACUCAUUCUAUAUAUCAAUUCUCCAACAUCACACAUCUCUAUGCUGAUUUCUCACCAGAACCAUCUUGGCUGAAGAACUUUACGAAUCUAAAGAGAUUGGUCAUCAAUACAAAAGAUGCUAACAGUGUAAAGCAACUAGUUGAUCAAUUUCCAUCGAUUAAAUUAGAGGUGUUUGUAAAUCAAGAAGAAAAUAUAAACGGUGAUUUAUCAUCAAUUGGAUAUGAUACCCUGGAAUUCGUUCAUAUCCAUGCUUUCGAUAUCAUUUAUAAGCAAAUAUGUGGAUGUUUUGAUGGAGAUACUGUUGAAGAUUACUAUAAUAACAAUCUUAAACCAUGGCGUGUAAAUUCGAUCUACCUCGUAUUUGUAGAUGUGUUCUAA